AUGAAAAAGUCCUCUAAGAGAAAGAUUGAUGAAGUAUGCACGCCUCCUGAAAAUCCAUCAUCAAAGCCUUUGAGACCAAAGAUAGUUGAAUCAUUUCCCCAACCAUGGCAUCCUUAUUGGAACAAAAGCCCUGGCUUUGCAGGUUCAAGCAGUAGUAGCAGGGCACCCAAUAACCCAACUCUCCAACUUUGCAAUUUUGAUAAUAUUGUGAAUUCAACUCACAACACAAGUGAUGUUGGUGUGAAUUCAAUUCUUGUUGUUCAACAAGAAGAGAAUGCUGAUGAGAGUCUCAAAAAAUCGAUCUCAAGUCGAGUUUUAGCACAGAAAUCCAGAAUCAAGAAAGAACUCUAUGUAGUGAUUUUGGAAGGAAAACUAAAAGUUUUAGAGGAUGAGAUAGCUGAUUUUGUUCAAAAAAUUGAUGCCCUCAAAUAUGAACAUCCUUCAUUGUUGCUGGAGCAGAAUAAACUAAAACUGCAAAUGGCUAUUAGUGAAAGGGGAAACACACUGCAAGAAUUGGAGGUGGAGAAGAAUAGAGUAGAAAUGAUGAAGUUAACCGAGCUUCAAACAGAACAAGCAAUGGAAAAACAAAUAAGGUUGCUGAGUAAUAUUGGCACUAAUGUUCAGCUUAUGUACAAAGCAAACAUGAAUCCUUUUGACCUGCCACAUUUUCUUUGCUCAAACUCAAAUAUUAAUAUUACAAAUAAUUCUUAA